AUGAGUACAUUCAAAGUAGGAGAAAAAGUUGAAACAGAUAAAGGUAAAGGAAAAAUAGGAUUUUAUGGUGAAACAAAUUUUGCUCCAGGGAUAUGGGUAGGAAUAAUUCUUGAUAAAGAUAAUGGAAAGAAUAAUGGAACUAUUGAUGGAGUGAAAUAUUUUUCCUGUCCGGACAAGUAUGGAAUAUUUAUGAAACCAAGUCAAGUUAGAAGAGAAGGUGAAAGAAGAUCAUCUACCAGAGCAUCAAUUGCUUCUUCUGCAAGACAAAGUAAAGCACCAAGUACUAAAGUUUCUGUAAAAAAUUCACCUAUACCAACUCCUAGAAGUAUGAGUCCUUCAAAGACUGUUAAUAAUUUAUCUAAUACAAACAUACCAUCAACAAGGAAGUCGUCUUCUGGAAUCAAAAGCCCUAGGUCAAAUUCUAAACCACCUAACUCUGGUACAACGACAACAUCAAUAACAUCAAAUAAUGAUUCUUUACAUAGUAGUGGUCAGUCAAAUGAAUCUUUUGAAAUGGUAAAAGAAGAAAGCAUUCCAGAAAUAAAGGAUAGUAUUGUUGAGGAAGUAAAAGAUUCUGAUAUGAUUGAUGAAUUGGAGAAACCUGUAGAAAUAUCACCAAUAAAAUAUGUUCCACCUCCAGAUUUAGAUGAGGGAAAAGAGUUAGAAUAUUUGAGAUCAAAAAAUGUUGAUUUGGAGGAACAAGUAGAAGUUUUAAAAAUCAAGAUUCGUGAGUUUCGACCAAAAAUUCAUGAAUUUGAAAGACUAAAGGUAACUGUUCAAAAAUUUGAAGAAAAUAAAAAACAAAUACUUGAACAAAAUUCACGCCUUAAACGAGAACUUGAAGAAUAUAAGCAUAGACUAGAGGAAUCUUUAAAAAAAAUUGAAGAAACAGAAAUUCCCGAUAUUAUUGAAUUAAAAGGUCAAAUAGAAGAGCUCUCUAUUGACAAAGAAAUAGCUGAAGAAGAAUGUGAAAUUGUUAAAGCAGAAUUAGAAUCAUAUAAAAUACAGUUUGCUGAAAAAGAGAAGGAACUGUCUCUUUUAAAAUCUGAAAUGGAGAGAGCUGAUAUAUCAUCUGGUGGAAAUAGUUUACAGUAUGCUGCAUUACAAAGACAAAAUGAAAGUUUAUCAGAUGCUGUAAAUAAACUUCGUGAUCACAUAGCUCAAGGUAAAAUUGUUGAAUCAGAAAAUAUGAAAGUAAUUGAGAGAUUAAAACAAGAAAUAGAGGAUUAUGAAGAAUUAACCAAUAAUCAAGAAGCUGAAAUUGCUGAAUUAAAAAAUAUGUUAUCUGAUUAUUCUGAGCAGAUUGAUGCUGCUGCUGGAGCUGAGAAAGUUAUUGAUAGUUUAACAGAAAAAAAUUUAGAAUUGGAGGAUAAAUUGGGUGAUUUAAACGAAAAAAUUAUUGAAUUAGAAGAGUUAAAUGAUAUUAAUGAACAAUUACUUGCUUGUGCUAAAGAAGAUGAGGCAAGGAAUAAAAGGCAACUUGAUGAGGAAAUUGGUUCAGUAAAUAUGUUAAGAAAAACUCUACGUAUUAGAGAGGAAGAAAUUGACAAAUUUGAACUAACUAUACAACAAUUUAGGAAUAGAAUUACGGAUUUGAAUAUUGAAAUUCAAAACAAAGAAGAUGAAUUAUUGAUAGAGAGAGAAAAGUUACAAGAAAAAGAAGCAAAUGCCGAUGUUCCUGUUUAUAGUUCAAAUAAAGUUUUUGCUGAGUUGGUAGAUUUGGAAUUAUAUCGUAUCAAUUGUGAGUAUGCACAAAUGGCUGCAAAAUUACUCAAAUUUUUCCUUCCUGAUAAUUUCUCAAAGCCAGGUGGUGAUAAUGAUGCACUUUUAUUAAGUAUUUCUUUACCACGUGUAGCAGCCAAAUCUAUAGCUUUAGGCAAUUUAUUAUCUAAAAAAUAUCCUCUUGUACCUGGUGGUAUGAGGAGAGAACAUGUUACAAGAAGCCAUCGUGGUGAACAAUGGGGAUAUGUAGCUAAUAUUUCUUAUAUACUUUCAAAUUUAAAAGUAAUAGCAAAGAAAUUCGAAGGAACUUUACAAAGUUGUUCUGUUGGGAAACUUGCUUCAAUUUGCCAUCUUCAAUCAGAAUUUGCACAUCAUGAAAAAGUUCUUGAUAGUUAUUUUGAGCUAUUGAAACAAGAUAGACUUGAUGAAAAUUCAAGUAUUGAACCAUUGUACCAAAUUGUUCAUCAUUUCAGUUACUCUUUUGAAGUUAAUAUGAGUAUGGAAAGUUAUGAUAAUAAAGAGAUGUUAAUUAAUAUAUGUACUCAACUUACUAGAGGAUUUGAAUGGGUAAAUAUCAAUGGACAACGCAUACUUUAUUAUUUAGAAGAUAAUUAUUCUAGGGAAAAUGAUAUCAUACGCUCUUUUAAUAAAAUUAUGGAAACUAUAACAGAGGGUGAAAAACUUUUAAUCAGAACACAAAAUAGUAUUCCAAAAGAUAAGGAUAUACAAGUUAAUAGUGAAUUUAUGGAUUUUAUAUACACAAUAAUAACUUCAUUAGAAAAAAUUGCCAAAGUAUUUGUUUUUACAUGCAAAGCAGCAACAUCAAUGAUGAAUUCAUUUAAUGAAUGUGAUGGUCUUCGUAUAGGUCAAUUAGGAGAAUGUAUUCAUAAUUCUGUUGAAAAGAUUGCUGGUUCUAUACCAAGUGAUAAAGCAUUGGAACAUAUACAAAGUUUUGCUGAUAAUAUUGUUAGUGGUUUAGAUAAAGUUUCUAAAAUUAUGGAAGAAGAUAGUUUGGUUACAACAAAAGUUGGAAAAAAACCAUAUUCUGCUUUAUAUGAACGUGGUAUUGCAAGGAAGAAUGAUUCUCAAGAAUUAGAAUCAUUACGUUGGCAAGUUACAUCAAAAGAUGAACAAAUACGUGAAUUAAGUUAUGCAUUAAAAGAGAAAAAAGAUUGUAUAAGAAAUUUAGAAUUAAAACUUGAAACACAUAUAAAGAAUAUUGAAGGGGGUAAGGGAUCUGAUAAGAGAGUUGAACUUAUAAAGAAAGAAUGUGAAGAAAAAAUUAAAAAAUGUAGAGAAGAACAAGAAACAUUGUUAUCUGAGAUUGAUGAAUUAAAUAAACAACUUGAAAUGAUAUCAGUAGAGAAACCUGCACAUCUUACACAAUUUAAUGAUAGUCAGUCUCCUCUUGAUAAAAGUCAUAAGAAAAAUAAUGAUUCUGAUGUUUUAAAAGAAGUAACUGGACUUGUUGAUAUAUUAAGGAAAAACUAUCAAAAUCUUCAGGAUAACUAUAAAUAUGUAAAUUAUAAGAACUGUAGUCUACAAGCUAGACAAAAUGAAACAAUUAUAAGAACAUUAAAACCUCUCAAAGAGGCUAAUUCUGUUGCUGGUAUCUAUUCAUUAAGAAGUUUCAAUAAAAAUAAAAAUAAAAAUGAUAUCGUAACUUUGAGUCUUGAAGCUGACAAACUUAAUAGUGAAUGGUCUUUACUACAAUUAGAGGGUAUUAAUCCAAAAAAUAAAAGGCAAUAUCAAAUGAAAGUUGAGAAUUACAAUAAUCGUGUACAAGCUUUAGAAUUUAAAUUUUUUACAUAUUGGGGAAUGAAUCACCCUGGUGAAGAUUUACCUAAAACUUUCAAGAAGCCAAGAAAAAUGGUUGACAAUAAUGUGUCAAAAGAAAAUGAACAACCGUCUAUAAGAACAAAUAAACUUUUAGAAAAGUGGUGUAAUAUAAGAUAA